AUGAGAAACCCAACUACGGCUUCGCGGCCGAGCACCGGUCAGCCAAUCGAGAUCCGCAUUAGAACUACAGAAUCCUGGGCUGCUGAAUUUCGAGCCAAGGAGGCAUUGUUGCCCAGAAGCAAGUCAUUUCACCAGCUUUCACCCCGCGUAGAAGUCAGACCUGCAGAGACCCUUCCGCAGAGCAAGUCUCAUCACCAAUUGCCUCGCCCGGAGAGAUCUCAAAACCCGGUGCAACUGCAGGCCUUCGAGUGGAAUCUGCCCGCCGACCACAAGCACUGGCGACGGCUUCGGCGCGCAUUGCCGGCACUGAGAUCCGUUGGGGUGAACAGCCUAUGGCUACCGCCCGGAAGCAAGGCCAAGGACCCUGAGAGUAACGGCUACGACAUUUACGACGCCUGGGAUCUAGGAGAGUUUGAUCAAAAGGGCUCAGUACCCACAAAAUGGGGGAGCAAGGGAGACCUUGUGUCUUUGGCCGCGGACGCGGAGCACCAUGGCAUUGGGCUGGUCUGGGACGCUAUUCACAACCAUCGCGCCUAUGCUGACGGCACUGAGAUGAUAAAGGUUGUCGAGGUCGAUCCACGUGAUAGACGGAGAGAUAUCACCGAUGUUUAUGAAAUUGAGUCAUGGACUAAAUUCGACUACAAAGCUAGAGGGGGGAAGUACAGCAAGUUCAAAUACAACAAGUCGCAUUUCAACGGCACAGACUGGAACCAGCAAAACAAGAAACGCGCCAUCUACAGGUUCGUAGAAGAAGGCAAGAACUGGCACCAAGACGUCGGCGACCUCCAAGGGAACGCCGACUACCUGAUGCUCGAGAACCUCGACUACACCAACCCCGAGGUCGUCAAAGAGCAGCAUCAGUGGGGCAAGUGGAUUGUGGAUGAGCUCGGGCUCAAAGGCUUCCGCGUGGAUGCCGUACAGCACAUCUCAUGGAACUUCAUCAGCAAAUGGGCCGAGUACUUGAGGAAGCCAGCGAAUCGCAAUGAUCUCAUGUUUAUUGGAGAGUUCUGGCACGGAGACGUGCGCGUCUUAAACAAUUGGUUGGAGCACAUGCCGUCAUUCUUCAGCCUCUACGAUGUGCCUCUCAUGUACCACAUCGAAAGAUUGUCAUGGCACCGUGACACCGACUUGAGACAAGUGUUCAAAGACACAUUGGUGGAGCAACGGCCAAACAAUGCUGUCACAUUCAUUCGCAAUCACGACACCCAGAAGGGUCAGCAAAUGGACACUCCAAUCUGCAAGGAGUUCAUGCCCUAUGCAUAUUCCAUGAUUCUCCUAAGGCGCGAUGGUCACCCAUGUGUCUUCUUUGGGGACCUGUACGGCAUCGAACUUACCCAUCCCGAAGCGCCUAUCCAAGACCUUCCCAACCUUCUGUUGGCCCGAAAGCUUUACGCUUACGGAGAGCAACAAGACUACUUUGAGCGGUCCGACUGCAUCGGAUGGGUCAGACGCGGAACUGACGAGAGACCUGCCGGUAUGGCCGUUGUCAUGAGCUGGACACAGGCUGACCAUACCGAUACUCGGUUGUCCAUGUCAGUUGGUGUCGACCACGCUGGGGAGAUCUGGACCGAUGUCCUCGCAAUGGAGUCAGCCGCAGUUACGAUUGACGAGAACGGCAUGGGAUCUUUCCACUGCCCGAAGAACAAGAUGGCUUGUUUCGUGAAUGCUGACGCCAAGGGGAGAAAGAAGUUCCCAGUCAAGUUCGACUCUGACUUUCACAGCCUUAUUGCAUAG